AUGAAGUGCGAUGAUCGAUGUCAGCUGUGUGGCUUUCAAGGUGAAUCGGUGAACCAUAUGCUUUUCUCCUGCCACCUACCUAGGAAAUGUUGGGCGGUAUCCAAUAUCCCUUCUCCUCGGGGUGGCUUCAGCGACCAUUCGAUCUAUGAAAACAUUGCAUACAUCCUGAAGGUUAGUAAGGAUGUAAGGUUCGAUGUUGAAACUAACAGAAGCUGGCUGUGGGUCCUAUGGUACUUAUGGAAGAACAGAAACGCCUUUAUCUUUGAAGGAAAAUUGUUUGAAGCAGAUGAAAUCAUAAAGAAAGCCAAAGAGGAAGCUGAUGUCUGGUUUGUGGCUCAACAAGUUCAGAGUGGAAUGGACCAAGUGGAGGCGGGCGUGAUAGAGAAGGGAGUACUAGUUAACGCUCCGAAAAUUGCCAAAAGAUGGGUCCUUUGUGAGUUUGACAUGGACUGGUCGAAAGGUCUUGGGUUCAUGGGGGCGGCGUGGAUAGUGAAAGAUGAGAAGGGAAGAGUUCUACUACAUAGUAGGAGGGCUUUCUCGGAUGUGAAGUCGAUCAAUGAGGCUAAGCUACAGGUCUGGUUGUGGGUUUCAGAAAGUAUGUUGAGUUUGAGGAAGAAGAAGGUGAUCUUUCUUUCAACCUUUGGGGAUAUGGUUGAGGCAAUAGAGAAACCCGCCUUGUGGCCUAACUUACAGUUUGAAGCUACAGAGAUUAAGAGAGAGCUGCAGUCUCUCGAGGCGUGGGAGUUAAGGAUUGGACUUUUGGCUUCAGUUAGAUGUGCCUCUUUCAUCGCUCAGAGUGUCAGGCAGCUAGGUCUGAUGCAGUCUUAUGUAGCGGUUGGCCAUCGACGUUGGUUGGAUCAUAUGUACGUGAACGAAAGUGGAGCAUCGGAUAGCUAA